AUGAUUUCAACAAAUUUAGAGCAAUAUAAAUCAAAAAGACAACAAAAAUUGGCACAAAAACAAUCACAACUGAAACCUUCUACAUAUACGACACAAACCCCAUUUAGAGACGCCGAAAGAAAUUUUAAGUCGCGUUUACCACCGCCAGAUUUCUCUAACGUAAUAGAUUUUUAUAAUUUAGAUCAAUGUAAUGACGAACUUAAGAAUAGAAUCAUAAAAAUUGAAUUAAAAGUUGAAUUAGGUGAAAAUGGAGAAAGUGAAAAUUUAUUUGGCGAUUAUAAGGAAUUAAAAGAAGAAGAAAAGGACUUUAUUAAGGGUGGAAGGAGGACCGCUUAUUUAUUUAAAGAUUUACCAGGAUUUAUAUUUAUUCCUAAUCCUUUUACACCUAAAGCACAAAAACACAUAAUUAAAAGAUGUCUAAGAGAUUUCGCGAAAUAUCCAAAUAAAGGCAAUCUUGAUACUCAUUAUUUAUUACCAAAAGAAGGUUUAUGGAAUUUGCAUGAAAACAUAGUUAAUAAUGAUCUAAAUGAAAACCAUCCACAAUAUUUUAUUCCGUUAAAAGCAUCUGUGAUUGGACCUACUAACGAUAGUUUUUUAAACGAAGAACAAGGAGAACAAUGCUCUUCUUUUUCACAACCAAGGCCCGAACCACCACCAUCAUCAGGUGUGCCAAUAUUAACAUCAUCACAAUUAAUCAAAAAAAUAAGAUGGACUACGUUAGGUUAUCAAUAUCAUUGGCCAACAAAGACUUAUCAUUUAGAUAAGCGAUUGUCAUUUCCUAAAGAUAUUGAAUUGUUAACAACUUUUGUAAUAAAAUCAAUUUAUGGUGUGAAAUUUAUAACGAGUGAAAAAAAAGAAAAUGAAGAAAAAUAUUUCAUUAAUGAUUACGAUCAUAAAAAAUGGAAGCCUGAAGCUGGCGUUGUUAAUUAUUAUCAACUUAAAGAUAAUUUAAUGGCUCAUGUUGAUAAAAGUGAAAUAAAUAUGGAGGCUCCUUUAAUCUCCUUUAGUUUUGGUCAUACAUGCAUUUUUUUAAUCGGGGGAUCAACGAGAGAUAUUGCACCCAUUGCAUUGUACUUGCGCAGUGGUGAUAUAUCAAUAAUGUGUGGUCCUUGUAGAGCUAAUUUUCAUGGUGUUCCACGAAUCCUAGAAGGAACUCUUCCUAAAUAUCUUGAACCUUACUAUGACAAUGAUUCCGAAUGGAAUACUUACGGAGAUUAUAUGUCCAGUGCUCGUAUUAAUGUUAAUGUUAGACAAGUCUUUUAA